AACCAACUGAAUCUCAGGAUCUGGCGGGCGCUAAACUCUUGGCUGAAUCUCAGGAACGAAAAGGGUGCUCCCGAAAUCCUCCGGUAUGAGGCUGCUGUUGUCCAAAGAUCUCGCGAACAGAUCCAAUUGAUGGAGGAAACUGUGGAGGAUUACACUAAAAAUGGUGUUGAUUCACUCACUGUGUCUCUUUACCAGAUGGACCUGGACAGAACCAUGUUUCUAUUGAGAUCAUAUUUGAGAACUCGUCUCCAAAAGAUUGAGAAGUACGUGCUUCACAUCCAAAGAUCUGAUGAAUUAUGGAACCGUUUAUCAAAACAAGAACAAAGAUUUGCUCAGAGGUCUGCAGAAGAUAUACAGCAACAUUUAGAACAAUCAGUGCUCUCAAAGUUCCCUCCUGGUUUCAACUCUCACUUGAAGCAAUCUUCUUGCAGCGAGAAAGAUGACAUGGUACCAGAACCACGUCCGAACCUUCACGUCAUCUGCAGGAGUAAGAGGGAUUUGGGAGCUUUUCAGCUGGAUGACAGAGGGGAAGAUAUUAUCCGCAUUGAAGCGGACGAUCUGUACGCAUUGCCUUACAAGUCGAUCAAGCCACUCGUUGAAAACGGGCAGAUUGAUAUUGCGUGAGAGCACCAUCCAUCCCAGAGGAUAUGAAUACACACACACAGAGAGAGAGAGAGAGAGAGAGAGAGAGAGACCUCACGCUCAUCUUGGAUGUACAAUGUAACUUUAUUGGUAGGUGAAAGAAAGGAACCAGCAGAUGCAGUUUCAAGAACCCAAUUUGUAUUUGUAUGACUUUUUUUUCCACCAAAGAUUUCUGUAAUUUCUAGUUUGUCACUAGUCUGUUAUUCAAGCUUUGCUCGAAUAAGUUCAUAAAAACUACUCCCAAAAUUCAAAAUCUCACUUUGGAUUAAGGCUCUUGAUUAAAUUAAGAGAAAUUUA